AUGCUGGCUUCUAGCUGGACCGCUGUAAAGAGUCUUCCUUUGAAGAGGCGGCUUCUUGUGUGCUUUGGCAGCUCAGUGUUAAUAUUUUGCGAAUUUUUAAUUUAUUAUGUAGUAAUUUUUCAAUGUCGGUGGCCAGAAGUGAAAGGUGGAGCUCACCUGAGUGAAAAAGAGACUUCGGCUUUAGUCCUAAAGGCCUUAAUUUUAGCUGAUACCCACCUACUGGGUGAAAUCAAAGGACAUUGGCUGGAUAAGCUAAGAAGGGAAUGGCAAAUGGAGAGGUCUUUCCAAACUGCCUUAUGGUUACUGCAGCCGGAUAUUGUUUUUAUUCUGGGAGAUGUCUUUGAUGAAGGAAAAUGGAGCUCACCUCAGGCGUGGGCAGAUGACGUCAGGAGAUUUCGGAAGAUGUUUAAGUAUCCAGCUUCUACUGAGCUUGUGGUCGUCGUUGGGAAUCAUGACAUUGGAUUCCACUACGAGAUGACGGCUUACAAGGUGGAUCGAUUCGAAAAGGCUUUCAACUUCACGUCGGGAAAGCUGAUAACUCGAAAAGGAAUAAACUUUGUCGUAGUGAACAGCAUAGCCAUGGAGGGCGACAGCUGCGCUCUCUGCCGCAGCUCGGAGGCAAAGCUUGCGGCGCUUUCUCGCAGACUGAACUGCUCCCAGCAGAAACCCGAUCCUUCCAACCAAAGGUGCAGGGAUGCAGAAAAGCUUCCAGCUUCGGAACCCAUCCUUUUACAGCAUUACCCUCUCUAUCGGAAAAGCGAUGCUGAAUGCAGCGGAGAAGACUCCGCUCCUCCAGAGGAGAAGAACAUCCCAUUUAAGGAGAAGUACGACGUACUGUCUCAAGAAGCAUCACAAAAGCUGAUAUGGUGGUUUCAUCCCCGUCUGAUACUCAGCGGGCAUACACACAGCGCUUGCGAGGUGCUGCAUGCGGGGAAAAUUCCAGAAAUCAGCGUCCCCUCGUUCAGUUGGAGGAAUAGAAACAACCCUAGUUUCAUCAUGGGCAGCAUCACGCCGACUGACUUCUCCCUCCGAAAAUGCUUCCUUCCAUAUGAGAGCAGAGUCUUUGCCGUGUACUGUGCAGCGGGUGCUCUGCUUGCGAUCCUGAUACUAGCUCGUUUUCAGCUUCUCACUCCGCCAUUUUAUUUUGCUCAGCAUUUAAUCAGUAAGCAUAAAGCAGUAUGAAGAGCCAGACAUCUGCGUUCAGUCACCAAAAUACCAAAGCUGAGAACAGUCAAACAUCAGACUAUAUUCAUGCCAGCAAACGACCGAGUUUGAUUGCUAGUCUGAAGGCAUUUACACACACCAGAGAAGUCCUAUACAGCUGAUAUGACUACUACAGGAUAAAUAACUGAAAUGAACGUCUCAUGCUGUACAAAAAUACUGUAUUCUACAAUCAAAGGAGUCCUUUUCCUGCUAGAAUCUUUGUAUCAAAUAUGUAUAUUAAAAGUGUAACUGUACAGUGUGUAAA